AUGGGAAAGAAAUUGAACAAUUAUGUGAAGUUUUCAGGGGCGGCGGCAGCCCUAAGUACAGUGCACAAUGCCUCAUACAUAACAAACCUCAGUGAAGUGGUUUGUAGAGUCACGGCGUUAGAACUGAAAGGAACCUUAGAAAGCAUUUAUGACAUUGACAGAAAACAGGACUGUGACAAGAAUUCUGGGGGUAUACUUGGUGAAAAUGAAUUAAGACCACCCUCCCAGCUACAUUCUCUCUUAGAGAAGAUCAAGACAGGGCUCAUAUCAGAAAAGAUUUUUGAGACAGUGUCCUUGAGUUCAGACUCUGUCUUCCAGAGAGCAGUUUCAAUUCUCCAUACUUCUUACUUGGAUUCUGCAUCUGAGCAUGGUUUUCAGUACAGUCAAGUGACUUUGGUGAAAAAUCACAUUUUCUUAAAUGAGUACGAAACAUUUUAUCAACAAAAAAAAGCAAGUAACUAUUCUCAGGAAGAACUUCAAGAAACUUACGGGUUUCUUCUGUUUGAAACUGAAAAUCAGAGUGAUAAUGACAAGCAAAGUAAUAUCUUUUGUUUAAAGGCAAAGUUGGUAUGUCAGCGUGGACUCUGUGUUGGCAGCAGUGCAAUCACCACUCUUGGUGAUCCAGCUAAAGGUGUAUACAUUUCCAGAUAUUCAGACUAUCUUCAUCCAAGACCCUGGUAUCAUGGAAAAUCUGGUUAUGUUGUAAUUUUUAAUCUAAUUAAGGGAAAAGUAAAGUUUGUGCCUGAGAAUUAUACAACUAACUAUACUAGGCCAUCUUCUGGCUAUGACUGUCACGUAGCUACAAAUACUAACAAGGUUUCUCCUAAGACAAGUCAUUUUCGUGCCUUUGAACUGAGUCAGUAUUACCUCUAUGAACUUUCAGGCAGCACUGUUAUUGAGCGACCCAGACAGAUCUGUCCUUAUGUAAUUGUAGCUUUUCAAUACAGGGAACCUAAAAAGAUGGCAGCUCGUAAAAGCAUACUUGAACUCCAUGAAAAUGUUCUCAUUUCUCCAUGGAAAGGGAAAUUAAUUAAUCAAGGCUGUCUGCUGUGUGAUAUAUCUCUUUGGUCUACUUAUGGUACAGUGAUUCCAACACAACUGCCAUUGGAACUAGAUUUUAAGUAUCUAAUGAAAGUGUCUUCUUUGAAAAAGAUACUACCAGAAGCUGCCUUUAAAAAACAGAAUUACUUGGAACAAAAAUGUCUAUUUGAAGAUAUGUGCUUGAAUUUGUAUGAGGUGGAACUAUCAAACAAGCAAGGGGGAAAAAUAGAUAAAUUAAUGGAAUAUAUUAAAAAUGAACUCAGUAUUCUACUGAAGAGUGUGACAGAGGGGAUAAAAGAUUUGAAAGCUGAAGAUGGCAUCUCAUUGAAGGUGAUUCCUAUUUUACCUGCCCUUAACUGUGCCCUGCUAGAAGCAAAGAAAUCAUUAACUGAAGAAGGAAUCCAUCCAAGCACAUUAGUAAAGCAUAGUUUCCAAGAGUUCUACAAGGUGGACAAAAGUCCAUCAUUGACUGCUGCGUCUCAGGAUGGAAUUAAAGGGACUGCAUUCUUUGGCACAUUGUCCAAUGAUUUUGAUUUGGUUCCUCCAGCUGAAAAGUGUCCUUUACAAUCUUUCACUCACUUGAAGUCUUAUUUUUCAGAUCCUAGUGGUUAUAUUUUGGAAGUAUGUACUGCUUUAGAUUUAUUAGCAGAGCAUCCUCAGUCUCCUUGUUUUUCAGAUGGUAUUUGCGAUGCUGGAUUUUCUUUAGUUAUGACUCCAGAUCCUGAAUUUCUUGACUCAGAAGCAGAAUUGAUAAAAGAAAUUGAAACGGAAAAGAAUUCUCAGGAAAUUUUUAAAGCAAAGAGAGGAAGUAUGGUCCCAUUAAGUCCAGCAGCAAAUCUGAGAGUUCAGCCAAAGAGAAAGGCAAGCAUGCCACUUAAAAUACAAAGUAAAAGAAUGAACUUGUGCUGUCCUUUUCCCCAAAGAACUACUCCUGAAACAAACAAUAGUUCGGAUUCUGCAACAACUCUUAAGUUAGCUAAAGGGCAGUUUCCUCAGAAAAGAAAAAGAGGUGCGGAAGUGCUGACUGCACAGUUUGUACAGACAACCAAAUUGGAUAGGAAAAACCAAGAAGCUCCUAUUUCUAAAGAUGUUCCAGUGGCAACGAAUGCUAAAAGGGCAAGGAAACGAGAGAAAUCACCAGUCAAAACUGUUCCAAAGGCUAAGCCAUCUGUGAAGAAAUCUCCACAAAAACAGAGGGUAAAUAUAGUAAGAGGCAAUCAGAAUCCCAGAAUCAGAAAGCAACCACAACCUGCCAAAGGAGAAACUUCCUUACAGCUCCAAUCAGAAAUUUUAUCAGAUAUUCAAGAAGAUACUAUUAACAUAAAUGCAGCUCAACCAGAAAAUACCACAGUGACUCAGAAAGAUCUUCCUGAAGACUCCAUUGUCAACUAUGACUCCCAGGCCCUAAAUAUGUUAGCUGAUCUAGCUUUAAGCUCUGCUACCUCUUCCACACCAUCGUCUGAGCCUAGAAAUCUUCCCUGCUCUUCUGAAUUGCCACAAAAUGAUGUAUUGUUCUCUAGAGAAAAUUCUUUGCGAGGUACAUCUGACCAUGAAUAUCACAGAGGAAUUAAAAGUCACAAAGGUGGACUAUUACCUAAGCUAUCCACUGACAGGAAGACUAAUACAGUGUCAGACUUAACUGUCAGCCAAGAUGAAGAGAACUUGGUUCCUUGUAGCCAAGCCCCUAUUAAAACCCAGUCAGCACUUUCUGAGGAAACACUAGAAACUUCAGAUGCAAGCCAAAGCUCUUUCGUUCUUGUAGAGCAUUCAUAUGCCCUACCACUUGCAGAACAUUCAAAGAAAUAUUUACAGCAGAGAGGAAUACAAGGCCCUGCCUUUGCCAAGAAUGGAACAAAAGGCCCUGAAGCAGGAACGCCAGUAGGCAAAGUAAUGCCAUUUCGGCAUCAACAGAACACCUCCCCUCUGCAAAAGGUCUUUGAUCCAUUGGUAAAGCGCAAGAACAGAUUGAUGUCUUCCAGCCUAAAAGACUUUUAUUGCUCUCAUACCGUGUUUAGCUGUGAUGGCUCCUUUAAGGUCACUUUCAAAUGUGAAGCAGAAUAUGUAUUCAGCUUAGAUAGCAGAUAUACUAACAACCCACUGGAGAAAACUGUAAUAAGAGCUUUACAUGGGCCUUGGAAUACUGAUUUGCCUGAUAAUGUGGAAGAAGUGAAGCUUUUACUUCAUAUGUGGGUAGCUCUGUUUUACAGUAAUCAGAACAAAGUUAUUCAGUCAUCCCGAAAAGUGGUAGAGCACAGCAACCCAGCAAAAUACGUAUCUAUAAAUAGCACAAUAGAAUCUUUUGAAUUCAGUGAAAUUGAGGAGUCCUUCAGUAUGGAACGAUGUUCUACAGAUCCUCUCUUGGAGACUAAAGAAACUUCCAGGGGUCAAACUACCGAAAUGUCCUUCCCUGACACUAAUGAAUUGCUUCCUUUCAUUAAACCACCACCCGCAAGAGGCUUGGGACUCUGUGUACAGAAUGAACAGAAAAAAAUUUUUCGAAGAGAAGGUAAUCAAGAUAACUUAGGAAGCCAGAAUUGUGUCCGUUCUUGCACUAGUGAGAUCAUUGGAAAAAAAGCUGAACAAGAAGCAUCAGAUAAACUAGAAAUUUCUAAUGUGCCCUCUAGUAUUGGACAUACCCAAACUAAUGGACCUCCUAGUCCUGAUGAAGAUAAAACCUUUCAGCCACUUGACAAUAUAAGAAUGACUUCUAAUAAUGAUAUUGUUACACAGAACACAUUCACCAAGACUUGCGAUGGGAUCAGCAGUCAGUCCUUGGCUUGUCAAAAGUCUGUGUACAGCACUCUUGAAAGCAAAGUUGAUAUUUUCCAUGAAACAAUGCAAGCAAAAACAGGGGCUGUGCAGGGUCUUAUCCAACAUAACAGCCCCACAAACAAAGAAUGUCAGCCUUCAUUGGAAAAAGAUGAUAAUAUGGGGUAUGUAAUGAUUAAUCUGGAACCAGUUACUCUCACUUUUGAAAACAAUGCCUAUGUACCAAUACAGACAGAAGUAAAUAGAGCUGAUAAAUCUACAGCCUUUAAUAUGGAAUUGAUUAAACAAGUAUCAUCUGGUACAACUCUUAGACAUCCUGUGUCCACAUAUGAAAAGGCACAAACACAAGGUCUUAAGGACAUUUCAUCUCUAGCAAUGUUAAGACAAAAAGGCAAUAAGUACCUUUGUGCCUCCUCAGUAAGUAGAGAAACACUUAAUAAAGAAAUGUGUUCAUUAAAGAAAGAGAGUCCUCUUCCAGUGUCGUCGUCAUCGUUAUCAUCUGAUAAUUCAGUGGUAAUGGAGGCAAUAUCAUUAGUUAAAAGUUCUGGUUAUUCAUUACCCAGUGAAGAAAUGAGACUCUCUCAAGACUUUGUUCUGCAAACUCAAAGUCUCUUCACUGUAUCUUCAGAAGAGAUUAUAGAGCCAAAACAGUUUGAAGACAUAGUUUCAUCAUCUGCCUCUAACAACCUGGAAAGAAAUUAUCCACUUAACUACAUUUCAUCAAGAAGUAAUAUAUCAGAUGGCUCCUUAGAAUUAAGAAAGAAUGGCAAAGAUUGUCUAAACAGUGAAACUAUAAAUUUUGAAGCAUUUAAUUCAGCACUUACCAAUGGGGAGGAGAUCAGCCUAGAGUUAACGGAGGAAAAUUCUGACAUUGACCUCACUUUAACAAUUUCACCACCUACAAGUCCCAGAGAACAAAUUCCAGUUGAUGAAAUAGAGCCACUUGAAGAGGCCCCAUUAUCAAAUUUAGAACUUCAGGAUAUAGCUGAAGAAAUAAUUGAUCCAGGAGAGGUAACGAUCAUAGCAAACAGAGGAGUAAAUUCUGCUGAUUAUACAUCAGUGUCAGAAGAGCCAUUAGAAGAUAAGGAGAGAAAAGGUGAUGAUUUUCAGCCAGUUACUGUAGUGCUUUCUAAAGACAAUUCCACCCUUGAGAUUUCAGAGGAAGUUCAUGUUACCUCAGAAUUUCCCUUUGAUUCUUUAAUUGAAGAAGUGUCACCAGCUUCUAGUCCUGACCCCCUAGUACCAACUGAGGAAAAACGACAAUUUCAGGUCAUUUCUCCAUGUAGUUUAAAACUUCAUGAUACACAGUGUCAGAAAAGUAACAAAGACUCCCAGAUUGAAUCAGUAGAUUUAGCCAUAACAGAAAAAAAAAAUUGUUUGGUUGGUCCCACCCAUCCAGUGGGACAAGAUAACUUAACUUGGGUACAACAAAUGCAAUGUUAUGCUGAAAUGCCUCUCGUAUUAAAUAGUCAUCUAGGAGGAAAAGAUAGACAUUUAACCCUUCCUGGUAAAGUAACUGAGGAUAUUGUCCAAAGUGAGCAUGAUGAGAUUUUAUCUUUCUCAGAAAAGGUACAGUGCUGUGAUUUUAAAUUAAACCAGCCUGCCUCAGCUGCCAAAUAUGGAGAUGACUUCAAACCUUCUCUUGAAAACCUGAUAAAAUCAGGAAGUCCGUUACAACCAAUUCAUGUAGAAAACAGGAAUUUGGACUUAGAACAUCUUAUCUUGGAGACCAGUGAACCUCCAUUUAGUUCUAGAAAGAUUACUGAAAAUAAGUCUUUGGGUGACACAUUUCUUUCUACAGCUGCUUCAGGUGAUAUAGUGAAUGUGUCCUUAAAACAGCCAACUAGCCCUAAAAGCAUUAAGAAAAAUCUAUUUAGCAAUGAUUUGAAAACAAAUGGAGGUAAUUAUUUGCAGGUCAAGUCCUUGAACUCUGAUUCAGAGGUCCCAAAAUUUAGUUCUUCGUCAGAUGAUGCUACAUUAACCCACUGUACAAGACCAAUAAAUGCACAGACAGGGUUUCAAACUGAGGAAAUAUCAGUAGUCAAAAUGGCCAAUUUGCUUAAGAAUAGUGAAGCUAAAGCUGAGUUGUGUACAGAAACCAUAGAUCUAGGAGGUACUGACCUUCAGUCUAACACCACAUCUUCUCCAAAAGGUGAACGAACAAUCCAUGUGCUGCAAGAUGUGUCAGCAUAUGAAACAAAAGGUCUCUCGAAUGGUGGAUUCUUUGCCAUGUAUGCUGAUUCUAACCAAAAUACAGCAGACACCAGUGAAAAUAACAGUGAAGAGCCUUCUGCUUCCUUUGUUCCAAAAUCCUCUGAUUCUCUUGUUUGUGGAGUCUCUAAAGAACAUAUGGAAAAUGAGAACACUUACAAAGAGCUUGGGGCUGAGAAUGGUUCUGAAAUCUUGGAUAGAGACAUGGAGGUUGGUGUGAAUUCUGACAUACAUUAUGAACCACUUUCUGGAGACUCUGAUCAAGACUUUCUUGUUGAUUGUAGAAAUCCCAAAUUAGACAUAAAGGAUUUUUGUACCUUGAGAUGUAGUUACAACAGGAGAAAAGAUGCUACUAAAGAUGGUUAUGACUCUUUCAUGAACAUAAACAAUAGUGGUAAUGAAGAAUGGGGCUACUCUUACAAACUGCCAGGCUUGGAGACGAGACUUCCUCCCAGAAACUGGUCCAGUGGAUUAAAGAAGGAAGAUAAAUGUGUGCCAUGUUACAUACAAAUAAGAGAUCUCCGUGGUAUCCCCAGGACUUAUGCUAACUUUACUGUAACUAAGGAGCUCAAAGAUACCACAAGAACUUUGCACAGAUUGAGGAGACACCCCAGUUUCACUGCAAAAUGUGGCUUGAUCAGCUCCUGGACAAGUACUUGGCAGAUAGCAGAUGACCUCACCCAGAACACUUUAGAUGUAGAAUAUCUGCGCUUUGCAUAUAAAUUAAAACAACUUGUAAAGAACGGGGACUCUCAGCAUUCUACCUGUUUUGCCAACGCCUUUGCGAAGGAGGCACCUAUUCAAAUAGCUGUUGGAGCUUUCCCUUUGACAAAAAUAUCUGAGUCCCCUGUUACACAUUCUGCGCCCAGGAGCAGCUCCCUUCUGGUAACAGUUGUGCACUCAGACCCUAGGCGACAGAAUCAGCACACGAGAAGCCACGUGCUGAGUGAUUUGGACAGUUCUUCCUCAUUUUGGAAGGAAAGACGUAGCCACAGUAGACAUCAUCUUCCAAAUUCUGAAGAAAAUCAGACUGUUUCAUUGCACCUCAACAAAUUGAAAUAUAACAGCAGCACUUUGAAAGAAUCUCGGAAUGAUAUCUCACUUAUUCUUAAUGAAUAUGCUGAAUUCAACAAGGUGAUGAUGAAUAGCAACCAAGGAGUUUUCCAAGAUAAAGAGUUAAAUGUUACUUCUGAAGAUGCCACAUCUCAAGAGAUGUAUUCAUCUCUCCCGAGAAGGUCAGCCUCCUAUGAAGACAUGAUUACAGACUUGUGUACCAGUUUACAUGUCAAACUAAAAAGUGUUAUGAAAGAGGCUUGUAAAAAUACCUUCCUGUUCUACCUUGUUGAGACAGAAGACAAGUCAUUCUUUGUAAGAAUAAAGAAUAUUCUGAGGAAAGAAGGCCAUAAAGAAAUUGAACCUCAGCAUUUCUGUCAAGCUUUUCACAUAGAGAAUGAUACACUGAUAAUCAUCAUCAGAAAUGAGGAUAUAUCAUCACAUUUACAUCAAAUUCCUUCUUUGCUGAAGCUGAAGCAUUUCCCAAGUGUUAUCUUUGCUGGAAUAGACAGUCCUGAAGAUGUUCUUGACUACACCUAUCAAGAGCUGUUUCGUACAGGAGGUUUUGUGGUAUCAGAUGACAAAAUAUUAGAAACUUUAACAUUCGUUCAAUUGAAGGAAAUUGCCAAAAUCCUAGAUAAACUAAAUGGAAAUGGAAGAUGGAAGUGGUUGCUUCACUACAGAGAAAAUAAAAAGCUAAAAGAAGACAUAAGAGUGGAUUCAAUUGCCCGUAAAAAGAACUUAAUAGUGAAAUCAUGUCAGAGUGCAGAUAUCAUUGAAUUGCUUCAUUACCACAAGUGUGACUCUCAAUCAUCAACGAAAGCAGAAACUUUGAAAUGUUUGUUAAACCUGCAAAUUCAGCAUAUCGAUGCCAGGUUUGCUGUCUUCUUAACAGAUAAGCCUACAGUUUCCAGAGAGGUUUUUGAAAAUAGUGGAAUCCUUGUUACAGAUGUAAAUAACUUCAUUGAAAAUAUACAAAAAGUAGCAGCUCCAUUUAGGAAUAGCUACUGGUAA